GCUUGGCAAGGGGAGAGAGGUGCCGUCGAGCCAGUACACGAAGAAGAGGCUGGGAGCCGGAGAGCGGAAAGGCCGGAAACUCAAAGUCGGAUCGCGGAAAUCCAAGGACGGUUUGCGAUCAUGUCUGAGUUAUCCUUGGCUGUUGGCAAAAUUGUCAGGAGGUUGGACAAGAGCAUUUUUUCGGUUGCACGUGCUGCUAAAAGACCGUAUUCCACAACUAAUAGGUUGCGUUGCAAACCUGAGAAGGCCGAUGAAAAAAACCCGCAUUUCAGAGAAACAGUGCGCUCCUCUCCAUUUAGCCACGAAGUUUCUGAAUGGGAUAAGAAACUGUUGCUGUGGUCAGGUCGCUUCAAGAAAAAAGAAGAUAUACCUCAGCAUAUUUCGGCAAAGAUGAUGAGUGCAACAAGGAGCAAACUUCGUGUGAAAGUUGCCUACUUCGCAAUGGCUUUCCUGCUUAUGGGUUUUGUAUCUGCAGUUAUCAUAGGGAAACAGGAUGCUCCAAAAUAUAGAUCACUGCGGUAUAUGCACCAAAGUGUUGAGCCGAUAGAAGAGACUGCUGAAAGUACUUCUACCAAGCCAUAAUCAAAAAGAUUAGAUCUGUUGGUGUGCAAUUUUCAUCAGGAUUUGGAAGAGCAACAAAGGAAACAUUUAUUUCAUUUUUUCACAUUUCAAAAAAAAUAAAAAAAAAAUUAUAGUUCAA